AUGGAAGACCACGGGGUGACCCAAACAGAGCACAUGGCCACCAUCGAGGCCCAUGCAGUGGCCCAGCAAGUGCAGCAGGUCCAUGUGGCCACCUACACAGAGCACAGCAUGCUGAGUGCGGAUGAGGACUCACCAUCUUCACCAGAGGACACGUCCUACGAUGACUCUGACAUCCUCAACUCCACGGCUACCGAUGAAGUCACCGCUCACCUGGCUGCAGCAGGCCCUGUGGGGAUGGCAGCAGCCGCUGCUGUGGCGACAGGGAAAAAACGGAAGCGACCACAUGUGUUUGAGUCCAACCCAUCCAUCCGCAAGAGGCAGCAGACUCGUCUGCUACGGAAGCUCCGAGCCACGCUGGAUGAGUACACCACCCGAGUGGGGCAGCAGGCCAUCGUUCUCUGCAUCUCACCCUCCAAACCCAACCCUGUCUUUAAAGUAUUCGGUGCUGCACCCUUGGAGAACGUGGUACGCAAGUACAAGAGCAUGAUCCUGGAAGACCUGGAGUCUGCGCUAGCGGAACACGCUCCUGCGCCUCAGGAGGUUAACUCGGAGCUGCCCCCCCUCACCAUCGAUGGCAUUCCCGUCUCCGUGGACAAGAUGACCCAGGCACAGCUACGAGCUUUCAUCCCUGAGAUGCUGAAGUAUUCCACAGGUCGUGGGAAACCAGGCUGGGGCAAGGAGAGCUGCAAGCCCAUCUGGUGGCCUGAGGACAUUCCAUGGGCCAACGUCCGCAGCGAUGUCCGCACAGACGAGCAGAAGCAGCGGGUAUCAUGGACCCAGGCGCUGCGGACGAUCGUGAAGAACUGCUACAAGCAGCAUGGGCGUGAGGACCUGCUCUAUGCCUUUGAGGAUCAGCAGACACAGCAGCAGACAACAACCACACAUAGUAUAGCACACCUUGUGCCAUCACAGACAGUGGUACAGACCUUCAGUAACCCUGAUGGCACAGUGUCCCUCAUCCAGGUGGGCACCGGUGCCACCGUUGCCACGUUGGCUGAUGCCUCAGAGCUGCCCACCACAGUCACCGUCGCACAAGUGAACUACUCUGCAGUUGCUGACUGGGAGGUGGAGCAGAACUGGGCCACGCUACAGGGGGGUGAGAUGACGAUCCAGACGACGCAGGCAUCGGAGGCCACGCAGGCGGUGGCAUCGUUAGCAGAAGCAGCAGUGGCAGCAUCUCAGGAGAUGCAACAAGGAGCAACUGUUACCAUGGCACUCAACAGUGAAGCAGCUGCCCAUGCAGUAGCCACGCUUGCUGAAGCCACUCUUCAAGGAGGAGGACAAAUUGUCCUGUCAGGUGAAACUGCAGCAGCAGUAGGAGCGCUUACUGGAGUUCAAGAUGCCAAUGGUCUCGUCCAGAUCCCCGUCAGCAUGUACCAGACGGUGGUGACCAGCCUGGCCCAAGGCAAUGGCCCCGUUCAGGUGGCGAUGGCCCCCGUUACCACGAGGAUAGGGGACAGUGCUGUCACCGUGGACGGGCAGGCAGUGGAAGUGGUCACCUUGGAACAGUGA